UUCAGUAUUCCUAGAAUGAACCCCGGAUUUGGACAAAAAUUACGACUUGAUCGGAUAAAACGAAAGAAUGAGGCUGUCACUCCCACUUCGCUCACUCCACCACCACCGCUGUUACUUCCACGCCCUCCUUCCAAUUCAUCCACCACCCAUCUCCGCCGCUCCAUGGCCACCACCACCACCGCCGAGCCAAUCAGUCCCUCGAACACCCGUGUGGGCUGGAUCGGCACCGGCGUGAUGGGCCGGUCCAUGUGCGGCCAUCUCAUCAAAGCCGGCUACACCCUGACCAUCUUCACCAGAACCCAAUCCAAAGCCCAACCUCUCCUUGACUUGGGCGCCCACUGGGCCCCCACCCCUCACUCCGUCGGCUCCCAAUCUGACGUCGUUUUCUCCAUCGUCGGCUACCCCUCCGACGUCCGCCACGUCAUCCUCCACCCCUCAUCCGGCGUCCUCUCUGGCCUCCGCCCUGGCGGCGCCGUCGUCGACAUGACCACCUCCGACCCCUCCCUCGCCGUCGAAAUCUCCUCCGCCGCCUCCUCCAUCUCCUGCUCCUCCGUCGACGCCCCCGUCUCCGGCGGCGAUCGCGGCGCCAAGAACGCCGCCCUCUCUAUCUUCGCCGGCGGCGACGAAUCCGCCGUCCGCCGCCUCUCUCCGAUCUUCUCUCUCCUCGGCAAAGUUUAUUACAUGGGGGGUCCCGGCAAAGGCCAAUUCGCGAAGCUCGCGAACCAAAUCACGAUCGCUUCAACGAUGCUAGGGUUAGUGGAGGGUUUGAUUUAUGCUCACAAGGCUGGACUCGAAUUGUCUCUGUAUUUGGAUGCGAUUUCCACUGGUGCUGCUGGUUCGAAAUCGAUUGAUUUGUAUGGGACUAGGAUUUUGAAUAGGGAUUUUGAAGCUGGGUUUUUUGUGAAUCAUUUUGUGAAAGAUUUGGGGAUUUGUUUGAACGAGUGUCAGAAUAUGGGACUCGCUUUGCCUGGAUUGGCAUUAGCUCAACAGCUUUAUCUUUCUCUCAAGGCUUAUGGGGAAGGUGAUUUGGGCACCCAAGCACUCAUUUUGGCUCUCGAGCGGCUCAACGAUGUCUCGCUAGCGUCUCCGAGUUCAAAGGCUUAAGACUGGUAAAAGAUUUAAUUGAUCUUAGUUGGGUAAUUGGAUAUCUGUGUAUGAAAUUAUGGGUUGCAAACUGUAUGAAUGGAUGAUGUUUUCUAAUGGCAAACAUGAUGAAUUGUGAUAAAAUGUUUUUGCUUUAUUGUUCUAUUUGCUGAGACUUGAAUUGUUUGAUACUGUUGUUUAUUAUAUUUUUCUCGUAUAAUUCCCUGGAAA